GAAGAAGGAAUCCUACUCCAAUAAGGAGUUGGAAAUUCUCUUUGAGUUCUAUUCAAACAAGGAGAUAGAAAUUUUGUUUAUUCCUUCCUAAGUUUGGAAUCCUACUGCAUUAAGGAAUAGUCAAGUCAAUUCCUACUAGGAAGUGCUUGAACUGAUCUCUUCGUUUUAAUUUGUUUAGAUUUUUUGGAGUUAGAUUGCUGCAAAAUAACUUGAAUUGAACUUGUUUAGUUUAAUAACGAACUGAAAAAGGAAAGUUGAGUGAGGGGAAAAAGAAAGAGGUGUGAGCAACACUUGAGAGAAAAGCCAAGUUCUACAGUGUGUAAAACACGAGCGCUGAGUGCCAUUCUGUGAGAGAGUGGAGUGAAACACGUAAGGGAGUGUUGUGAGGUCCUUUUUAUUCUUCUGUUUCUAACAUUUGUUGCAUGUUUCAAUCAUGUCAAGUGGUGAUGACAAAUCAACCACUAGAAGCCACCAUGUGGAUGAAUCCUUCAUGCUCAAAGCAAUGCAACAACAAUUUCAGAGGCUGGACAUCAUGUUUGAUGGAUUCAACAAUGAUGCCUGGAACUCAAAUUUCUGCAUGGACAGAAUUAUGAGAGGUAGAGGGGGCCAAAGAGAGCAAAAUCUGACAAGGUGGGGAGAUCGGCAAGAUCGUGACUUAGGUAGCAUCAAGAUGAAGAUUCCUCUAUUUCAGGGCAAGAAUGAUCUAGAUGUGUAUUUGGAGUGGGAAAAGAAGGUGGAAUUGGUGUUUGAUUGCCAUAACUAUUCUGAGGAGAAAAAUGUGAAACUAGCAGUGGUGGAAUUUACUGAUUAUACUGUGGUGUGGUGGGAUCAGCUUGUGCUUAGUCGACGUAGAAAUCGAGAGCAUCCUGUUGACACUUGGGAAAAGAUGAAAGCUGUGAUGAGAAAACGAUUUGUUCCUAGUCACUACUACCGUGAUCUCUAUCAACAAUUGCAGGGCCUUACUCAAGGGUCCAAAAGCGUUGAGGAUUAUCACAAAGAGAUGGAAAUCACAAUGGUUAGAGCGAAUGUAGAAGAGGACAGAGAAGCAACUAUGGCACAGUUUCUGCAUGGCUUAAAUCGUGAUAUAGCUAAUGUGGUGGAGCUACAGCAUUAUGUGGAAUUAGAAGAUAUGGUGCAUAUGGCAAUGAAAGUAGAACGGCAGAAACCGAGACAUCAAGUGUUUUUGAUGCUUGGGAAGGGGGCAUGCUGCAUCACGAUGAUCUUGCGAGAAGAUGGAGAAAUUGAAACCGAGGGUGAAUCUGAUGAUGAAUCUAUGCCACCAUUAGAAGAUGCUAAUGAUGGUGUGGAAUAUGCUGUUGAUGGAGAAUUGCUCAUCACCAGUUGUACUAAUGUAGCUAGCACUCUUUUAGUUGAAAAGCUUAAUUUACCUAUGAUGAAGCAUUCAAGGCCAUAUAAGCUGCAAUGGUUAAACAAUUGUGGAGAAAUCAAGCCUAUGUUUGUGCUUCUGUAUAAAGAUGCUUAUUUCAACACUAACAAACUUAAUGAUUCUUUGCCUAGUGUUGUUAAAUCUCGUGCAACAAUUCCGAACCGAACAGCAUAUCGAAGCAACCCCAAUGAGACAAAAGAACUUCAAAAGCAGGUUGAAGAACUCAUGAAGAAGGGACAUGUGAGAGAAAGCAUGAGUCCAUGUGCAGUUCCAGUGCUACUUGUGCCUAAGAAGGAUGGGACUUGGCGUAUGUGCGUUGAUUGUCGCGCUGUCAACAAAAUCACUGUAAAGUAUCGUCACCCUAUUCCUAGAUUAGAUGACAUGUUAGCUGAACUGCAUGGUUCUUGCAUAUUCGCUAAAAUUGAUUUAAAGAGUGGGCAUCAUCAGAUUAGGAUGAAUGAAGGUGAUGAAUGGAAAACAGCCUUUAAAACGAAACAUGGUUUAUAUGAGUGUAAGAGUUUAACCGAUCAUAUUGAGCAUUUUGCAAAUGGUGAUGGUCAAACAAAAGUGGUUAGUAGGACGUUGUCAACCUUAUUGCAAUCUAUUAUUCAGAAUAACUUGAAGAAUUGGGAAGAGUGUUUGCCGCACGUUGAAUUUGCUUAUAACCGGAGCAACCAUUCAGCAACUAACUGUUCACCAUUUGAGGUUGCAUAUGGUUUUAAUCCACUCACUCCUUUGGAUUUAUUGCCAUUACCUAUUGACGAACAAGCUAGUUUGGAUGAGAAAAAGAAAGCUGAAAUGGUUAAGCAGCUACAUGAGAGGCCAAGAGGCGAUGGACCAUUUCAAGUGAUUGCAAGGAUAAACGACAAUGCAUACAAGUUGGAGAUUCCUGGUGAUGAUUUGAGGACAAAUCCUUUUGAGGAGAGAGGGAAUGAUGGGAAUCAAGAUGACCCCACAUGUACCGCGUCAAGAGAUCCAUUACACAUUCUAGGAGGUCUAGUCACGAGAGUUAGAGCUAGGAAGAUGCAAGAAGCUUUAAAUGGACUUAUUGAGUAGAUUCGGGUUGAUAACAACAUGCAAGAAGUAAAUUGAAGCUUGGAUGAUUAUCAAGGCAUGAUAAACAUCAUUCAGGUUCAAGAGAACCUUAAUUGAGGUCAUUUAUGCUAAAUUACACAGUUUGCGUCAAUCUUGCAAUUCUGUCGCAAUUUGUAACAAACUGAUGUUUCAUGU